AAAAUUUUAGUUAACAGUUAGCCCACCAUCUUUCUUAGGGUUUAUGGUGAGAGAAAAACCCUUGAAAGAGUGUGCUUUUGGAACUCUAUUUUUCAUCCACAAAAUCCAAAACUCUGUUCGCCAAUUUGGUUACAAGUUUACCGUAAUAUAGUUUCGUAGACGCUCGUUGACUUCUUUCCUCUGCAGUUCACAUAAACGAGGAUAAACGAAAGAUUUGCUGCAGCUUAUUGAGUGGGUUUGAUCUUCCGUGUUCAAUUCAAACUGCCAUGGGCUCUUCGAAGAGAAAAGUGGGUCAAAAUGUGCCCAGAGAAUCUUCGCCGAAGCACCACAAAGCUAAUGCCCCUGCCAUGGUUGAAGACGAACCAGUUGCGUGUGUUCAUGACGUGUCCUACCCCGAGGGUUCAUUUAAUCCUCUCCCAUCAUUGAGUCUCCCUUCGACUGGAGGGAAGUUGGAACCGGCUAAGGUGUUCCCUUUCUCUCUGGACCCCUUUCAGUCUGAGGCUAUCAAGUGCUUAGAGAAUGGAGAAUCUGUCAUGGUAUCUGCUCAUACAUCAGCUGGUAAAACUGUAGUGGCGUCGUAUGCAAUUGCAAUGUCUCUUCGGAAUAAACAGCGUGUCAUAUAUACGUCACCGAUAAAGGCCCUCAGCAACCAAAAAUAUAGGGAAUUUAAGGAAGAAUUCUCGGAUGUUGGUUUAAUGACUGGGGAUGUAACAAUUGAACCAAAUGCUUCUUGUCUGGUCAUGACCACAGAAAUUUGGCGUAGCAUGCAGUACAAAGGAUCAGAGGUAACACGGGAAGUGGCAUGGAUUAUUUUUGAUGAAGUACAUUACAUGCGUGAUCGGGAGCGAGGUGUUGUUUGGGAAGAGAGCAUUGUCAUGGCUCCAAAGAAUGCUCGAUUUGUCUUCCUCUCAGCAACUGUACCAAAUGCAAAAGAAUUUGCUGACUGGGUUGCAAAGGUCCACCAACAACCAUGUCAUAUUGUUUAUACUGACUUUCGACCAACACCUCUUCAACACUAUGUUUUCCCAUCCGGGGGUGAAGGCUUAUAUUUGGUGGUUGAUGAAAAGGGACAUUUUCGUGAAGAUAGCUUUCAAAAAGCUUUAAAUGCACUUGUCCCUGCUAGUGAUGGUGACAAGAAAAAGGAGAAUGGGAAGUGGCAGAAGAGUUUAACUUUGGGCAAAACUGGCGAAGAGAGUGAUAUAUUUAAGAUGGUGAAGAUGAUAAUUCAGCGUCAAUAUGAUCCAGUUAUACUUUUCAGUUUUAGCAAAAGAGAAUGUGAAUUUCUUGCAAUGCAGAUGGCCAGAUUGGAUCUAAAUGGUGAUGAUGAAAAGGCGAGCAUAGAAACCAUCUUUUGGAGUGCUAUGGAUAUGCUUUCAGAUGAUGAUAAGAAGCUUCCUCAGGUUUCAAAUAUGUUGCCUCUCUUGAAGCGUGGAAUAGGUGUCCACCAUUCUGGCUUGCUCCCUAUUUUGAAGGAGGUGAUUGAGAUAUUAUUUCAAGAAGGGCUAAUCAAGUGUUUGUUUGCCACAGAGACCUUCAGCAUUGGUUUAAACAUGCCAGCAAAAACUGUUGUCUUCAGUAAUGUCCGUAAGUUCGAUGGAGAUAAAUUUAGAUGGUUAUCAAGUGGUGAGUAUAUACAAAUGAGUGGUCGAGCUGGGCGGAGAGGAAUUGAUAAACGUGGUAUAUGUAUCCUUAUGGUGGAUGAGAAGCUGGAACCAUCAACGGCUAAAAUGAUGCUUAAAGGAAAUGCUGAUUGCUUGAACAGUGCUUUCCAUUUGAGCUAUAAUAUGCUCUUAAAUCAAAUCCGUUGUGAAGAUGGCGAUCCUGAAAAUCUGCUGCGCAAUUCCUUCUAUCAGUUCCAAGCCGACCGCAACAUACCUAAUCUCGAGAAACAAGUGAAAACCCUUGAAGAGGAGAGGGAUUCCAUAGUGAUUGAAGAGGAAGAUAGUUUGAAAAAUUAUUAUGAUUUGCUAAAGCAGUACAAAAGUUUGAAAAAGGAUAUCCAUGAUAUUGUGUUGUCUCCUAGAUACUGCUUGCCAUUUCUACAACCUGGCAGGCUUGUAUCUAUUGAAUGCAACAGGUAUGAUGUGAAUUCUUCGACUUUCUCCAUUAAAGACCAGGUUACGUGGGGAUUGAUGAUUAAUUUUCAAAGGGUGAAAGGUGUUUCUGAAGAGGAUAUUAGCAUGAAACCGGAAUCUGCUAACUACACUGUGGAUGUUCUUACGAGGUGUGUUGUCAGUAAAGAUGCCAUAGGGAAAAAAACUGUUAAGAUUGUUCAAUUGAAAGAGCACGGAGAACCUCAUGUUGUUUCCAUCCCAAUCUCUCAGAUCAGUACUCUAGCCGGUAUUCGGAUACUCAUACCCAAUGAUCUCUUGCCGUUGGAAACUCGAGAAAAUACAUUGAAGAAGAUUUCUGAAGUUCUAUCAAGAUUUCCAAAGGGUGUGCCCCUUCUAGAUCCAGAAGAGGACAUGAAAAUUCAAAGUAGUUCAUACAGAAAGGCAGUUCGUAGAACAGAGGCCUUGGAGAACCUCUUUGACAAGCAUGAGGUGGCAAAAUCAACACUUGUUGAGCAGAAGCUCAAAGCAUUGCAUUUGAAGCAAGAGUUGACAGCUAAGAUCAGGUCAAUUAAGAAAACAAUGCGUUCUUCUUCUGCAUUGGCUUUCAAAGAUGAACUGAAGGCCAGGAAGCGAGUAUUGCGGAGGCUUGGUUGCAUCACAAGUGAUGACGUUGUGGAACUGAAAGGCAAGGUUGCUUGUGAAAUCAGUAGUGCAAAUGAAUUAACUCUUUCUGAGCUGAUGUUGAAUGGGGUUUUCAAUGACACUAAAGUGGAGGAACUUAUCUCUCUCCUAUCUUGUUUUGUGUGGCAAGAGAAACUUCAGGAUGCAGCGAAGCCUAGGGAAGAGCUUGAGCUGCUAUUCAUUCAAUUACAAGACACAGCUCGAAGGGUAGCUAAGGUUCAGCUUGAAUGCAAGGUAGAGAUUGAUGUGGAAGGGUUUGUGAAUUCAUUUAGAGCAGAUAUUAUGGAGGUUGUGUAUGGUUGGGCAAAAGGAUCAAAGUUCUAUGAGAUAAUGGAAAUAACGCAGGUUUUUGAGGGAAGCUUGGUUAGAGCAAUUAGAAGACUGGAGGAAGUCUUGCAACAACUAAUAGUGGCAGCAAAGGCCAUUGGUGAAACUGAGCUUGAAACCAAGUUUGAAGAGGCUGUUUCCAAAAUCAAGAGGGACAUUGUCUUUGCUGCUUCUCUCUACUUAUAACAGGAAGUCCUUGAAGAGGAAGUCCAAAGAGAACAAUAUCAUAUGCUAGUGGUGGGUUAUUUGUCAAUCUUUCUUUUCAUGCGGGUGCCACGAGUGGGUGAAGAUCACCCGAGAGAGCAGGGCCAAGUCUUGAUGUAGAUAGGAGUUAUGAAGGUGAGGGGAGAAGGAAGCUCACAUUAUGAUCUCAAUCAUUUUCCUUCUUCUUGCUGUUGUAUAUCUCGUUUAUGCACUUCUUCUCUUUGUUUCUCGAGCCAAUAGUGAGUUAGACAGAGUUUGAAAAGGUCAGAUAUUUGAUGAUUCCAUUAUCAUACAUGAUUGAGUUGCAAAAACUUCUAGAUAGGUAUCCUACACAUGGAACUGGAUUUACUGGAAGUAAGGACAUUUCCCAUUUUUAUAGGAAUUUUUGUACGAUAAACAAUUGUAUCUCUAAUUAUAGCCCAUUUGGGGUGUAAAAUAUGACUUUUCUCACAAUCUCCCUAGUGUAUGAGAUAAAUGUAUGCAUUUCGAUUA